CUCAGAAGUCUCUUGCGCCCACAAAAACCACCGCAGCUUGCCGCGUCCGAACACAUGGUGAGCUUCAAGCGAGUUGAUGUCAGCGAGCCCGAGCUCGCGGAGGAUUCGGUGGUGCAGGUGAAACGCUCCACAUUGAAGAAGACGGCUUUGGCAGUGGCCACUGUUGUUGUCCUUUGUGUGGGCAUUUUUGCUUGGUCCAAUGGCAGCCGCACUUGCAACAAUCUUGGAGCCUUGCAAGGGAAGUCCACUUUGGAUUUGGAUUCAGCCAUCCGCACCAGGAGUCAACAGCUCAUUGAGGCCACGAAGAAGAAUCAGACCUUGGCGGACGACAUGAUCAUGAAGACCAUGGUGAAUGCAGGUCACAAGAUCGAGGAGCACUGGGAGAAGCACCACAUUCGCAAGUUGGACACUUUGACCACCAUCCGAAAGGUGAAAGGAUUCCGGCAAGGGCAAAAGGUCAAACUCGCUGGAAAACAAGAGUGUGUCUUCAACGUCUUGGAGGCAUUUGUCUCAGCAGUGGGUAUGGGCGAUGACAUCAAUGCCAUCAUUCGCACUUGCCCGGCACCUCGUGAUGGCGAGUCUGAGUUGGCUUGCCAGGUGAACGGUGCCAUCUUGGGGGCUUGGGUGGGAAACCUGGCAACCAAGCUGGCCUUGGCAGCUAGCAAUUGUGCCCUGAGCAUCAAUGUGGAUGCCAUUUGCUCUGCUGGCAUCACAGGUUUGGUGUCAGGCCUGGGAGAGAUUGCAGCUGGAGCUUCUUUGGGUGCAGCCACAUGUACCGGAACUCCGCCACAAUUGACCACCACCAAGAUCAGCGUCCUGGGAGAUCAAACCGUCCGAGAUGGCCGACGUUUGCUGAUCGGGGAAGGCCCUGUGGGCAACGGCGUGCAGUGUGGUGUGGAUGUGGGCAUGGUGGCAGCCAACAUUGCAAACAUGGGUCUUGCCAUCAACAAGGCCGUGAAUGUGAACAAGUGCAAAGCGAGCACCUUCCGUUCACCAUUGAACGUGGUCAAGGGCCUCCAAGAGUCACUUUGCACCGUCGACAUUGGUGGUGCUGUGGCCUACAUCGGUCAGGUUGUGACCUUCAUCAAUCUCAUCGUGCUUCACUGCCAGGAUUUCUUGGACAUCAAUGCACUUUGCGCCGGUUCCAUUGCCGCCAUCACCACGGGAGCGGCGGCCAUCGCGCCCUACGGUGCCGCGGUGCAUGCGGCGUGCGCCAACAACCAUUUCUUGAAAACACCCAAGAGUCAGGGCUGCCGCAUCCUCGACGCCUCGAUGAAGAUAUGACGACCCGUUCGUUGAAGGAGAGUUUGGCUGUCAUUGAAGCCAACCGUGAGAAGUUGGAAGAGCUCAAGACAGUGGUUGACGUCCCAAAGGCUGGCAACACGGAGGCUGACAUUGAGACUCUCUUGAACCUCAUGGGCAGCGAGGACAAGCCGCGUGCUGCCUGGCCCUUUGAAUGCUAGAUGCGCUUGGGCCGCAUGCAGGUGGCCGUGAUGGCUCCGAUCUGUCGCCUACUGAAAUGUAGGGAAGAUCGUGUCAGAUGCUGAACUGCAACUGGCCAGAAUUCAUUGCUGACUGUUUGAUGACUUUUCAGAUUACUAGCGGCACUAGCGAACAUAGUUCGAAUUGAUUCAAAAUUGAAAAUCCCAGUGUUUUGGAGCACUUGCUCGGCAUUGCU